AUGUCUCAACUUCACCCCCUAUUUCCCAUUUUUAUCAUUACCAUCUUUUUACUUUACAAAUUGUACCAACUUCUAAGGUUCAAGCUUCCCCCUGGUCCUUACCCCUGGCCAAUCAUAGGCAAUCUUCCCAUUAGCUUCAAUAAUCCAAUAACGUUUCGGGGCUAUUUCGAGCUAGCACAAGCUUACGGUCCAAUCAUAUCGAUUUGGCUAGGUUCGAACCUAAACGUCGUCGUUUCAAACUCACAACUGGCAAAGGAAGUGCUCAAAGAUAAUGAUCAGAAAUUAGCCAAUCGACAUAGGACUUGGCCAUUGGCUAAGAUUACCAAAGAUGGUUCCGAGUUGAUUUGGGCCGAUUAUGGGCCUCACUAUAUGAAAAUGAGGAAGAUUUGUACACUUGAGCUCUUCUCUUCUAGGAAGCUUGAGGAACUUAGACACAUUAGGGAGGAGGAAGUUAGGUCCAUGGUUAAGUCCAUUUACAAAGAGUCCAAUAUUGUUAAUGGGAAAAGUUUAGUGUUGAGGAAGUUUUUAGGGUCUGUGACCUUCAAUUAUUUAACAAGGCUAGUGUUUGGUAAGCGGUUUGAGAAUGAAGAGGGUGAGCUAGAUCAACAAGGAUUAGAAUUCAAAGCAAUUGUGAGUAAUGGAAAUGAGUAUGGGGCUUCAACUUUUCUACACAUGGUUGAGAAUAUUUCGUGGCUUAAGUGGGUGUUUUUGCUUCCAAACAAAGGAUUCUCUCAACAUUUGGCUCGUAGGGACAAACUUAUCCGAGAUAUAAUAGAAGAUCAUAAGAAAAACAAGGUUAAGGAUGGCGAUAGCGAUGCCUCCAAACAAGAUUUUAUUGAUGUGUUACUUUGUCUAGAAGAUAAGUACGAACUUAGUGAGGAUACCAUAAUGGGACUACUAUGGGACAUGGUUACUGCCGGAAUGGACACAAUUGCAAUCUCAGUUGAGUGGGCUAUGGCCCAAUUGGUCAAAAAUCCAAGAGUCCAAAAGAAGGCCCAAGAAGAGCUGGACCGUGUAAUUGGGCAGGACCGCACCUUGAACGAAUCUGAUUUUCCUAACCUUUCAUACUUGCAGUGUGUGGCCAAGGAGGCACUAAGGCUGCACCCUCCAACUCCACUCAUGCUACCCCACAAAGCUAGUGACAAUGUGAAGGUUGGUGGCUACGACAUCCCUAGAGGAACCAGUGUACAUGUGAAUGUUUGGGCCAUGGGACGCGAUCCAGAUGUGUGGGUCGACCCACUAGAGUUCCGGCCCGAGAGGUUUGUGGGGGAGAAUGUGGACGCAAAGGGCCAUGAUUUUCGGUUACUACCUUUCGGGGCCGGGAGGCGCAUUUGCCCGGCGGCUCAACUCGGCACCAACUUGAUUACAUCAAUGCUGGGCCAGCUUUUGCACCAUUUCUACUGGACCCAGCCCAAAGGGAUACUUGGGGAGUUUGACAUGUCUGAGGCCCCGGGGUUGGUCACUUACAUGCGUACCCCUUUGCAAGCUGUGCCUACAAUUAGGUUCUCAAGACAAUUGUACAAGAAUGUGGUUUAGCGCACACAGUGGCUUUUAGAUUUUAGUCUUGUCAAGUUGUGCUUUUUAACAUUAUUAGGGAAUCAAGCUCUCUUUUUGAGGGUACACUUUGUUUUC